ACAUUAGGCAGUUUGUUUGUUAUUUGUACAACUUUAUAAAUUUUAUAAAAAUACCUAUAGUAUGGAGGUGCUUGAAGAGGGGAAUUUGAUGGAUAGAGUGCCGAUUUUAUUGCAGCGCGAUCUUGAGUUUUACCAGACUCAUCAACGGGUGCUUCAGGAACCAAUCUGCUCUGGAGUUGUCGGUGGAAAACUAGAUUUUCCUCGUUACGCUUCGUUCGCAGCCAUUAAAUUAAUAAGAUGGUGGGAAGAUGAGUACUUUGCCUCCUACCGAAAGCCAUCUGGACUUUUGCACACGGAAAAGGAAAUGAAUGAGGGAGAUUUCACAAGUGUCACCGUAAAGACCUCUGAUCCAGAUAAGUUUGUGCAGCUGGUGACCAAGUCUGCUGACUUACUUCUGGAGCACAUUCAUCGUCUUUCGCAGGAGUCCCUGGAUCACGCCGAUUUGUCUGUCCUCACUGCCACUAUUGGAGCUGCCUCGCUGGUCAAGAACUCCUUGAGUGUUUACAUGCAAGCAGCCACCACUACCAUAUGUCCCCCCAAGGGCGAUGAAAAGGGAGGAGCUCUUAAGCUCAGUUUCAAGCAAUAUUCCCAGAUGUCAGAGGCCUUGGCCGAAAGACUCCUGGAUCUCCACUGCCGUUUGCUUUUACUUUAUAUUAUGCAAGAUGCCGAUUGUCUGCAUUGGGAGGAUACUCAACCCUUUUUCGAGUCGGAAAGGGGCUCCUACACCGUUCAGAUGUGGUGGCACUACAUGAGGGGCUCCAAAACCGAUCUGUGGAAUUCGGUGCCUCCGAAAAUGGCUCAAAAGAUAUUCGCUGGAAUGCUAAACGAAACGUUGAGUGUUCUGACUGUGCGGUAUACCCAGAUUGUGACCAGUGUGGCUAGAUCCACGCUCCAUCUGGUGGAUAUCUGCAACAUGUUGCUCUGCAUCGCUGAGCUACUGCCCCAUAUUUGUGAGAGUGGUGAGGCGUAUGUGGGGUUGCAGCUGAGUAACCAGAGUGUCAUCAUUAGGGAUAUUCAUGCUAAAUGCAGGGAGCUCUUCUACUGCCUCCUCUUAAGGGGUUCUCCAUUAGGCGUGCUUUCUAAGGUCUUCCGUAAAGGAUUGGAUAACAUGGAAAUGUUUAGCUCUCGCCAUGGCUUGCCCAGUGCUUGGAUUAUUUUCGCUCUUCCCAGAUAUUUUCCCAAGGAGCAGUCCUGUCAAUGGGUCACUGAGUUCUCGGAUCUUUCCACCAACACUGCGAUUUCCCUGGAUUUGAGGGUCUUACUUGCCUUUCCGGAGGCUGAUUGGUCGUAUUUGUUGAAGAUUCUAUUGAUGAGAGAUGCCUAUCUCACUGGAAUUAUAAUGCGCCACCUGAUGCAGUAUUUACCAUCUUCGGAAAACUUUAAAAACGUGGCCAAAAUAUCUUUCACUAGCGCUCAAGGCGCUCCUCAAAAGUGUGAGGCUUUUUUGUGCCGGGGAGAGUGCUUCAAUGUAACAGAUUCUAUAGCAGGGGAUAUAGAUCCUGUAGGUCAAUCCAACUACCAGAUUGUCCUCUCACUCACCUACUUAGUGGUAGCUGUUGGCAAGGCGGUAGAUAUUAAAUCCUGCUUGAUUAAAACCCUGGAGGAGCAUGCCAUCGCGGGUUGGAGUGAUUGCCUCGACAAGCGACAGGUGUGGAACCAGAAGCGAACCCCCUGGUUGGAAGCCAUCAUGCACUUUGUUUACCCUGUUCUGGAUUGCGUGGUGGAUAUGUUAGUCAAUGCCGUGGAAAACGGAGCCAGUAUGUACCAGGCGAUGUCUUUAGCUCUAACCUGCGUCUCUGAGAUUUGGGACUGCCUUCCCGAGGGGCUGUACAAAAUAGCCUCCUUGCUACAGGACAUCAUACCAGUUUCCACUAGGCCUUUGGGGGAUUCAGUGCUCUUGCAGGUGGUUUUUGCAGCACUCUAUACAGAACUAAUAAAAACAGCCGAGAUGUAUGAGCAGGCUAAAAACGAGGACAAGGCCGCCAUAUGUUACUCCAUUUCGGAGGCAAUCUGCUCAAUCGACGAGGACGACAAGCACACGGACCAGAUCGAGUUGUUCCUUAAGCAGGCCAAAGAAAGUAUCAAUUUGGAUACGGACUUUGGUCAGACUGCAGGGAGUAACAACCGAGGGGCCGGAGGAAUGAGUGCAGUGAGUACGAUUAAAAUGGAUGACUUAGCCUUGACGAAUGCAGAAUCAGAUCGCUUGAGCCACAGUCCACCAAAUAAUUAUGCCAUGGAGCUGGAUGUGGGGAUAGCAGAUUAUAUAGCCGAAGUCCUGGUCAGCGAUGUCUUGACCACCAAUAUAGGAAAACAAGCCUUGAAGGUGGUGUAUAACUACUUAAAGUUCAACAAGGACUGGUUACUCGAGCAGUUGGGUACGGGUGAUAAUGAUCCGAGUCCUUUUCAAGGCAUUCAGGGUCAGAACAUCAAGGAGGCCAAGACCUCGGUGCUAAGGUCCAUGUUCUUCAUUGGAAACACCCCCUUCGACCAGCUGCUUACUGGCUCUUUGAAAAUCGACUAUGUCAGUUGGCUGCAGAUGCCGUUGUCCUUGAAUCCGGAAAGAACCUGGCUGCAUUUAACCAGACGCUGCGACUUCCAAGAGGAUGCCAAGCUGGCGCUGCCCGAGGUGGCCAUGGUGGCCGGGAUUACCAAGAUAAUGAAGCGGCGCAAGGAGUUUCCCAAGUGA